AUGGACUUCAACAAGCCUGUGGAAAGUUGGAACCAAACAAGUGUCAAAGAAUUUGUCCUCACAGGAUUCUCUGUUGACCCAAAGAACCAGACCCUCCUCUUUGUCAUAGGCCUGCUAGCCUACCUGUUAACUUUGGCAGGGAAUCUAACUAUUAUUGCAUUGAUCUGGAUAGACAGAUGUCUUCAGUCUCCCAUGUACUUCUUCUUGGGCAACCUCUCUUUUAUCGAGAUUUGCUACACUUCCACUACAGUUCCUAAGAUGCUAUGGGACCUUUUGUCAAGGGACAAGACCAUCUCAUUGAUAGGAUGUGCACUCCAGAUGUAUUUCUUUGUCACUUUAGGGGGAACAGAGUGUGUUCUCCUCUCAGCUAUGGCAUAUGAUCGUUAUGCCGCUAUCUGCCAUCCACUGAGCUACAUCCUACUUUUAAACCAGCAAGUGCGUAGAGGGUUGCUGGCAGCUUCUUGGGCUAUUGGCACCUUCAAUUCCAUUGUUAAUACAGUAAUGGUAUUUUCCCUGCACUACUGUCACUCCAAUAAAAUCAACCACUUCUUUUGUGACAUUCCUCCCCUUCUACGCAUCUCUUGCUCUGACACCUUUCUCAGCCAGUUGAUAACCUUCUCCAUCUCUGGAUGUGUUAUCAUUAUGCCAUUCUGCCUGACUCUUCUCUCUUACAUUCUCAUAGUCUCCUCGGUACUCAAAAUCCACACAGUUCAUGGCAAGAUGAAGGCAUUCUCCACCUGUGCCUCCCAUCUCACUGUGGUGAGCAUCUUCUAUGGCACCAUCAUCUACACUUAUAUACGCCCAUCCUCUGCUCAUUCUAUAGAAGAAGAUCUCCAGGUUUCUGUACUUUAUGCCAUCAUUACUCCAAUGCUAAACCCCCUGAUCUAUAGCUUUCGGAACAAAGAAGUGCAGGGGGCACUUCAGAGAGCUCUCAGAAAGGGCAAAUCAUAA